AUUAAUGUCAAGAAACAGAAAAGGAUGUUGUUUUUCUUUUAAAAUAAAUAAAAUUACUAUCAAUUACGCAAAUAUUAGGUUGAACCGAAAUAUUUAAAAUGUCUUCGGAGGUAGUUUUAGUGAUAGACUUCAAAAAGGUCUGUCGGGCGUGCUUGCUGGACACUGGACCCAUGAAAGACCUGUUCAUGGUUUGCACACCUGAAGUUUACAAAUUCUGCACUUCUGUUGAGUUAACUGAAAGUGAUGGUCUACCUCGACAGAUAUGCCAGGCUUGUCUGGAUAUAUUAAAUAAGACUUAUUAUUUCAAACAAACUGCAGUUCGCUCCAACCUUAUUUUAAAACAACAAUUUUUGGAUGAGCAGGAGCCUGUUAAACUGGAAAGUGACCAUAAUAACCAUAACAUCCUAGAGAUGAAUGUGCCAGAAAUAACAGAUGACUUGCUCAGUCAGAAUGCUCCAUCAGAGGAUGAUAUGCCUCCAGAUCGUUCCAUGGAACCAGCUGAAAUUAUAAGGAGAAUAAGAAAACGGCGAGAGCUAGAAAAACCAAUGAGGAAAAGAACAAGAAUGAAAUGUCCGAAAUGUGAAAAAUCAUUUCAGAAAUAUGAAAACUUUGAAGCGCAUUUGAGGAUACAUUUUGGCAAAAAGCCGGAUAUUAAAUGUGAAUACUGUGACAAGACAUUUCCAGCAGUCCGUAAUCUUCAAAGUCACAUACGCACACACACCGGAGUCCGUAAAUAUCAAUGUUUGACAUGUGGAAAGAGGUUCGCUUAUUUAAAUGUUCUGAGGAAUCAUGAGAUGAUACAUGCAGGUAUAAAGAAAUAUGUCUGCAAUAUAUGUGAUGCCAGUUUUGUACAGAAUGGUAAUUUGAAGGCUCAUCUAGAAACCCAUAACAAUCAAAAGAACUUUAUUUGUAUGCAAUGUGGCAAGAAAUUUUCACGUCAAGGCAAUUUCAAGUCGCAUUUAAUCAGGCAUUCAGGUAUCAAGAACUUUGCCUGCCAGAUCUGUGAUAUGAGGUUUUAUAUUAAGGGAGAUUUAUACAAACAUAUGCGGUCACAUUCGUCGGAUAAACCAUAUGCUUGUGGAUAUUGUGAUAAAAAGUUUAAGACUCAGAGUUUUAAGAUAGUACACAUGAGAACCCAUACAGGUGAACGACCAUUUGCUUGUGAUCUGUGUCCAAAACGGUUUAUGGCGCGAAAAGAGUUACGGACCCAUAGAAUGACUCAUACGGGCGAGAAACCUCACAAAUGUCAGCUGUGUGACCAAGCGUUCAUACAAAAAGGCGCUUUAAAUCGACACAUGAAGGGACAUAUGCAGAAGGAGGCAGAAAAACCACAGAACAUAUUGCUUAGGGCAAGGUUACAAGGACCUGUGGCAGAAUAUUCACAAUGGAAUACUGAUGUUUGACUUUAGUUAAACAGUUACCAAGAUGAACCGCAAGUACCUGGAUAAUUAAUAAGAAAAUUGUGUAAAUAUUGAGCAACUAUGUUGUUUUAUCAUAUUUAUUUGGAAAUAAAAAGAAGGUUUUUACAUAUUCCCUAUUUUAAUUCUGUUGUAAAAAAAUAACACUACUCGGUAGGAUUGAUCGAGCGAACGAUAGAUAUCCAUGUUUUAUUUAGAAUCUUUAAAAGAAAAAUAUCGGAAUAACUCUAAUACUAGUGAUUCAAAUUUAAACUGAAACAGCUUAUUUAGAAGUAUUGAUGAAGAAAACAAACCUCUUUACUUCAACUCUAUUCUUCUCUUUCCUUUUCGUUUCAUGUCCCAUCGGGACUCUUAAUUAUGAGCGGAUGUGAGUAAGUCUUAUAGUUAAAUUAUUUAACUUUGUAUGUCUCUUGACAGUUAAAGUGGGAGAGUCAGACACGAAUGAGCUGGACUUACCGCAGAGAUACCACGGCCUCACAGACCACCAGCGUGAAACAACCACAGCGUUUUGGGGAAAGGUUUGCCUUUUCCUCUCAUUGUCAAUUUGCAAUCCCUAAUUCCCUAAAACCUCUUUUCCCCAAAAGGCUGGCGGCACAAUUGUAGUUCGUCUGGUGUUUCGUAUCCAUCGCAUAAAAAAUCAGAUAAUACUGUUACUAUGAUCAUACAUAAGGCAAUAAGAACAAGAAUAAAUAAAAUUAUUUAUGUUCAUUUGGUAUAAUUUGUAAUAAUGUCUCAAAUGAUGAUAUCAGUACCUACCUACAUGAAAUCUAUUGAGUAUUUACGGUUAUUUUUCAUUCUUAUAUUAGCUUAUUGUAGGUGCAGGCCUGUCAUGAACUUUCAUAUGUCUCUUCAGAGUCCCUCGUUGCGUGAACCUCUGCUCACAAAGUGUGCACUUGUGCGGCUUAUCACCCGUAUGUAUUCUUACGUGAUCAGUCAAUCUCUUCUUGGAUACAAAUGUUUUCUGACAAUGGGUACAUACAUAGGGUCUUUCUCCUGAAUGCAAUCGCUUAUGUUCGACCAGAGUGGAAUGUGCUCUAAAGGACUUCAUACAGAUGUCACACUUGAACAAUUUCUUCCCAUCGUGUACUAAUAAGUGUUUAGCCAAGUUAUACUUGUCGUUGAAUGGGUACGAACAUAUCUGGCAAAUAAAAGUUCGGCCUAAAUGUCUCCUUGCUACGUGUGAUAGGAGUAUUGUUUUCGUAAAGAACUUCUUGCCACAGUGUUCACACGUGAAACGUCGCUCUCUGUUCUCUUUGUGUGUUUCUAAGUGAG